AUGGGUAGGAAAAAGCAAUCCAAUCCACGUCGAUCGGGCGCCUUAGUUAUAGAGAACAAUGGUAAUGCCGAACCAGAUUUGUACAAACAGGAAGCAAACCAAAACGGGCAAAAAGGAAAGGAGGAACUCGUGGAUACAGAAAAACCAUUCUUUGUAGAAAUUGAUAAGACUUCUUGGCAUUCGGAUGAGCAUCUUGAUAUAUCUGAGGUUGUUCUGAUUGAUUUGAAUUUGAGAGAAGGGUUUGCUGGUUAUAGAAUCAGUGAGGACUUUUAUUGGGACUCCAAGUACUCCUUAAGGUUUCGAGUUUGUAAUGUGUCUGAGUUUAUCAGUCGUAUUAAACUAGGACAUUGGCCUGUGUUAUCUUCCAGUGAUGUAUCUUUGGAAUUUGUAGAGAAAAACAUGAGUGAUGGUGCGGAGAUGGAAUCAGUGAUGUUAUCUGGGAGUUUUGAUGGUCUUGAUGAAGGUAUUUCUUCUCUUGUGCACUUAGCAAGUUUGAAAUUUGUGACUUUGAGGCCAGUGAUGGGAGUAAUUCUUUCAGAGAGCUUGUCAUCUCUCAGAGUGAGGGUGGAGAUACUAAAGAGAGUUUUUGACAAUUGUGAGUCGCUCAUGGAGAACACGAGGCAACUUUGGAAAAAGAGUAUGAUGAAUGUCAUGGCUUGGUUACGUCCUGAAGUAAUGACUUCUGAGGCUAAGUAUGGAAUUAGUGAAUCAAUGAACAUGGAAGUUGAUGUGUAUCCAGUGAAAGAAGAAGAAACUUCCCGACCUGGGAAACGUGCGAGGUUUGAUGUUUCUGGACUUUAUGAAGCCAUAAAGCCAUCAAAAGAGAACUCAAUGCUUGAGGAUGAAAUUCCUGACUUGCUCCCUGUUCUAAGACCAUAUCAGCGCCGUGCGGCUUACUGGAUGGUACAAAGAGAGAAGGGAGAUUCAAGAAGUCUGGAUGAAUGGGAAAGGAGCAUGUUGUCUUCUCCAUUGUGUAUACCAGUGGAUUUUCUGGAUGAUUAUUCAAAAAUGUACUUUAAUCCAUUUGGUGGAAAUGUUUCGCUGCAUUUGGAGUCCACUUCUCCAUAUGUCUAUGGUGGUAUUCUAGCGGAUGAAAUGGGUUUGGGGAAGACUGUUGAACUGCUUGCUUGCAUCUUCGCACACCAGAAGCCAGCAUCUGAAGGUGGCGUAUGUAAGGAUACUGAAGCAGAGGUUACUAUGGAUGAGAAAAUUAGUAUCAGAAGGUUGAAAAGGGAACGUGUUGAGUGCAUAUGUGGAGCUGUAAGUGAAAACCACAAAUAUAAAGGAUUAUGGGUACAGUGUGACAUCUGUGAUGCUUGGCAACAUUCAGAGUGUGUCGGUUAUUCACCUAGAGGAAAAGCUCGUAAAGCCAGUGCAAGUGCUGAUGAACAAGAACUGCAAAAGCCGAAAAGAAGGAAAGAGAUAACCAAUAUUGUUGUCAGAGAGGGAGAACAUAUCUGCCAGCCAUGUUCACAGCUACUACAAGCUACUGACUCUCCCAUUGCAUCAGGUGCUACUCUUAUAGUCUGUCCAGCUCCUAUAUUAUCCCAAUGGCACGAUGAGAUUAUACGUCAUUCACGUCCAGGUUCCUUAAAAACUUGUAUCUAUGAAGGUGUGAGAAACCCUUCUCUUUCAAAUACAUCUAGAGUGGAUAUCAAUGAACUUGUCAGUGCUGACAUUGUAUUAACAACAUAUGAUGUACUCAAAGAGGACCUCUCUCACGACUCUGACAGGCAUGAAGGUGAUCGACGCUUCUUGAGAUUCCAGAAGAGGUACCCUGUCAUUCCAACUCUUCUAACUAGAAUAUUUUGGUGGAGGAUUUGUCUGGAUGAAGCUCAAAUGGUGGAGAGUAAUACUGCUGCUGCAACAGAAAUGGCCAUGAGGCUAUAUGCUAAGCAUCGCUGGUGCAUUACAGGCACUCCUAUACAACGCAAACUUGACGAUUUAUAUGGACUUUUAAGAUUCCUGAAACUAAGUCCUUUCAAUGUUUCAAGAUGGUGGGUGGAAGUUAUACGAGAUCCAUAUGAGAGGAGAGAUGGAGGAGCAAUGGAAUUCACACAUAAAUUGUUUAAACGAAUCAUGUGGCGUUCUUCAAAAGUACAUGUUGCAGAUGAAUUGCAGCUUCCCCCUCAAGAGGAAUGUGUCUCUUGGCUCACUUUCUCGCCAAUUGAAGAACACUUUUAUCAAAGGCAACAUGAAACAUGUGUGAGUUAUGCCAGUGAAGUCCUUGAAAGUUUGAAAGAAGAUUUCCUGAAAAGAGAAGUCCCAGGUAGUAUUUCUUCUGGUGUGACUUUCGAUCCUUUCAUCACUCAUACAGAAGCUGCAAAGCUGCUGAACUCACUCUUGAAGCUUCGCCAAGCCUGUUGUCACCCUCAAGUAGGAAGCUUCGGGCUGCGUUCUCUGCAACAGGCCCCAAUGACUAUGGAGGAAAUAUUAAAUGUUCUUAUAAGCAAGACCAAGACAGAAGGAGAGGAAGCGCUCAGGGUGUUAGUUAGUGCUUUAAAUGGGCUUGCAGGAAUAGCUAUAAUAGAGGAGAAACUUUCUCAAGCAGUAUCAUUGUACAAGGAAGCACUGGAUAUCACUAAAGAGCACUCUGAGGAUUUUCGCCUGGACCCUCUGUUGAAUAUUCACAUUCAUCACAAUCUUGCUGAGAUACUCCAAAUGGUUACAAGCUCAGAGAAACUUCCAGUAGAGAUGCAACAGUUCUCUGGUAGCUCUGAGAAAGCCUGCAAAGCCCACAGUAAUGAAUUGUGUGAUCAAAGUUCUGUGAAGAGGCAGAAACUUGAUGACCAAGAGAAUUCAGAAAUCAAUGCUGGGAAUCUACCAGAAAUAGCAUCUGACCUAGCAGAAAAUGGCAUAAAUAAUGACCAAGAUUCUAAUGGUCAGUGCCACAUGUCAUCCGGAACUUUAAGCAAACAAUCUUUGAGAAUAGACUGUGAGAAUUUAAAACAGAGGUACCUGUCAGCGUUCACUACAAAGUUAUCUGCAGCUCAGCAAGAGUUCAGGAAAUCGUACAUGCAGGUUUGUAAUGCAUUUAGUGAUAUAAAAAAUGAAGAUACAGUUUGGUGGUUGGAAGCUCUUCAUCAUGCUGAGCAAAACAAGGACUUCUCUAACGAGUUAAUCAGAAAGAUUGAAGAGGCUAUCGCAGGAUCUCUUAAAAAUCGACGCUCAUUGCGGAUGUCUUCCUGGUUUCAGAGUAUUACUGCUCUAAAGUAUCACAUCCAGACUGGUUUAGAUCUAUUGGAAUCCGUUAGGGGAAAAUUGCUUGAUCGACUUUUAGAAAUUGAUAAAACAAUGGAAAGACCAAAAGAGGAAGAUAUUGAACGGGUGAGAUACUGCCGUAAUUGCCAGGUCCUUGGUGAUGGUCCCAUUUGUGUACAUUGUGAACUAGAGGAUUUAUUCCAGGAUUAUGAGGCAAGGCUCUUUCGUGUCAACAAAAAGGAUGGAGAUAUAAUUAUAUCUGCUGAAGAGGCAGUAGAUUUGCAGAAGAAGAAGUCUGCACUAAAUCGCUUUUAUUGGAAUUUAUCACAGCCAAAUAAAAAUUCAACUUUAUCUGAUGUUGAUAAUAAAGAACUGAAGAGAGAUGUUCAAGAAACAAUAGUGGUCUCAAAGUCUCCUUCUCAAUUGGAAGUAGCUCUUGGAGUUAUAAAGAGCUGUUGCAAGGGGCAGUUAGGAAAGGAGGGUAUGUUGGCAGCUACAAAACAGCUACAUAUUCUGGAGGGCAUGAGGAAGGAAUAUCGGCAUGCAAGGCUCUUAGCAAUUGCUCAAGCACAAGUUCUGAAUGCACAUGACGAAAUCAAGAUGGCAACCACUCGAUUGCACAUAAGAGAGGCUGAAAAUGAUAAAUCUAUUGAUGCCUUAAGUCCAAAUGAAUUGGCUUCAGCUAGUGUGCAAAACACAAGUGACAAGUUCAUGUCCUUGACUUUGUUAUCAAAUAAAGGGAAACUUCGUUACUUGAAGGGGUUGGUUCUAUCCAAAAAUAAGUUGCCAAUGGAAAGUUCUGAUAAUUCAGCUUUAACUCAAGAUAUGACUACCAUGUCAACUUCCAUAGAACAGAAAAGUACAUGUCUACCUAAAGCUGAUGGGGAAGCUUGCCCUGUUUGUCAAGAAAGGCUAAGCAAUCAAAAGAUGGUAUUUCAAUGUGGACACAUCACUUGCUGUAAAUGUUUAUUUGUCAUGACUGAGCAAAGAUCACGUUAUUGGAAUAAGUCUCAAAAUAAGUGGGUAAUGUGCCCAAUAUGUAGACAGCACACAGAUGUUGGAAAUAUUGCUUUAGCGGAUGAUAGACAAAUUAAAUCACCUAACUCUGCCAUCCUUCACACAAUUCAAGGUGGUGACAACGGUGAAGAAUCUUUGACCGUUCAAGGUUCCUAUGGAACGAAGCUUGAAGCUGUUACAAGAAGGAUAUUGUGGAUUAAGUCUGCCAACCCAAAAGCUAAAGUUCUGGUUUUCUCUAGUUGGAAUGAUGUUCUUGAUGUGUUAGAACAUGCAUUCACCGCUAAUGACAUUACCUACAUCCGAACAAAAGGGGGAAGGAAAUCACAUGUUGCCAUCAGCGAAUUUAGAGGACAGAAAAUUGGUGGACAAGGAAUCCAGAAGAUAAAUAAGAAGAAGCCAGAACCUAAAUUUGUUCAAGUUUUAUUGAUUUUGAUCCAACAUGGAGCAAAUGGCCUAAAUCUUUUGGAGGCACAGCAUGUUAUUCUUGUGGAACCACUACUCAAUCCUGCAGUAGAAGCACAAGCAAUCAGCAGGGUACAUCGAAUUGGGCAGGAGAAUAGGACGCUUGUUCAUCGUUUUAUAGUUAAAAACACAGUGGAAGAGAGCAUAUAUAAACUAAACAGAAGCAGGAACUCUAGUGGCUUUGUUGGGAACACCAGGAAUCAAGACCAGCCUGUUCUGACGCUCAAAGAUGUUGAAUCCCUCUUCGCAGCAGCACCCAAAACUGAUGAAAAGCCGACUGAAAGUGAAAGUCUGAGAAACUUGCCUCCUUCCAUGGCUGCUGCCAUAGCAGCUGAGAGGAGACUCAGAGGAAACCCAACUGCAUGAUAUUCUUUCUGAUUGAGCUUGAAACUUCUUUAGAGCAAUGACCAGUUCCAUCAGGUAGUUAAGAUAAUAGUAGAAAUUCAUUUUUAGGCUUUUGAGUUAAGGUUCAUAUUUGGUCUUCCCCCAUUAGCUCUUUGAGCUUUCAAUUGCUGAGACUAAUUGAAUUCAGUGUGUUAUGUAUAUAACUAAUUUAAUAAGUUAUGCAAAUGCAGGUCAAUUUAUUAA